AUGGCAUUACUAUUAACAUUAAUUUAUCUAACAAUUUUCCUUCAUGGAUCUUAUUCGGCGGAAAAUAUUAUUCAUGGUAAAGUUCUUCAUACUGGUAUAGGAAAAUUAACUCCCGGUGCAAAAUUAGAAGUUGCAAUAAAAGAUACAAGUUUACAAGAUACGGCCGCAAAACUUCUUUCAAAUAUAACAAUUGAUGUACACAAAUUUCCAACAUCAUUUUUUGUCAAAUAUAAUCCUACUCAAGUUAAACAGGGACAUACCUAUACCGUAUCAGCAACUAUUAAAGAUAGAAAUCAGAAAUUAUUAUUUUUAAAUGAUGUUAGAAUACCAGUAACAUUAACUGGAUUUAAUCCAACAAAAAACAUUGAUAUACCAGUUAUUCAAGUUGGAGGUAACUCACAAUCUUCUGGUGUUAAACCGGGCGUUGUACCCACAAAAUCAGGAUGUCCUCCAGUAAAAAAUUGUAAAAAGAAAUGUGCGUAUGGUUUUGAAAAAAAAAAUGAAUGUGAUAUAUGUAAAUGUCAUGAUCCAUGUAAUCCGGGUGGUAAAUCUCGACUAUGUGGUGCUGGUAAAAAGUGUGUCAUCGAUAAAUCUUCCGUAUUUGGUGGAGCUACAAAAUUUUUAGCACAUUGUGAAGAACCCAAAUCAUUUGGAAAUGACAAAAAUACAAAAGCUAUUUGUAAAGAACCAAAAGUAACUGGAAUAUGUCGUGCUGCUAUGCCACGUUUCUUUUAUAAUCCAAGCACUAGAACUUGUGAACAAUUUACAUAUGGCGGUUGUGGUGGAAAUAAAAAUAAUUUUACAACAAGAAAACUAUGUGAAGAUACGUGCAAAGCAUAG